UUCUGCCCUGGAAGGGCCUUUCCUGGACUUUCAAAACUUGUGGUCGCCUACAACUUGCAGCUGCACUGCAGAGGCCCCAGAGUCCACAGCCUCCGCCACCAUGUCCUGUCCGAUGCCGCAGCGCCUGCCCGCCACCAUACUGGGCGCCAUGGAGAUGGGGCAACGCCUGGAUGCCCCUGCCAGCGCCGCGUUGGUGCGCGCCUUCCUGGAUCGCGGCCACAAGGAGAUCGACACGGCCUUCAUCUACACUGACGGCCAGUCCGAGACCAUCCUGGGCGGCCUGGGGCUCGGGCUGGGCGGCGGCAACUGCAAAGUGAAAAUUGCCACCAAGGCCAACCCAUUGGACGGGAAGACACUGAAGCCUGAGAGUGUGCGGAACCAGCUGGAGACUUCACUGAAGCGACUGCAGUGUCCACGGGUGGACAUCUUCUACCUGCACAUGCCUGACCACAACACCCCCAUAGAAGAGACGCUGCGUGCCUGCAAUGAGCUGCACCAGGAGGGCAAGUUUGUGGAGCUGGGCCUUUCCAACUAUCCUGCCUGGCAGGUGGCCGAGAUCUGCACCCUGUGCAAGAAGAAUGGCUGGAUCCAGCCCACUGUGUACCAGGGCAUGUACAAUGGCAUCACCCGGAUGGUGGAGAAGGAGCUGUUCCCCUGUCUCAGGCACUUUGGAUUGAGGUUCUAUGCCUUCAACCCACUGGCUGGGGGGCUACUGACCGGCAGAUACAAGUACGAGGACAAGGAGAAAGAGCCCGAGGGCCGCUUCUUUGGGAAUAAAUGGUCUGAGGUCCUCAGGAAUCGCUACUGGAAGGAGUGUCACUUCAAAGGCAUCGCCCUGGUGCAGAAGGCCCUGCAGGCUGCGUAUGGCUCUAGCGCCCCCAGCAUGAUCUCGGCUGCUUUCCGCUGGAUGUACCACCACUCCCAGCUGAAGGUUGUUGCUGACAGAUAUUAUCAGGGUUGCAAUGUUAGCUACAAGCCCCAUCCAUCUCAUUCCUCUGUUGGGAGCUGGGAUUAGUGUCUCUUCUGCCAUUUUUACUGGGGAGACAUGCACUGUGUGCCCCGGGCUUGGCUCCCGACCCUGCCCAGCCUGGGCUGCUGCAGGCUUUAGGGGAGUGAACCACUGGACAAAAGUCAUCCCCACCAGUCUGUUCCCUUUACUCUUGAUCUCUCAAAUAAUAAUAAU